AUGGACGCUAAAAGGGAAGCAAGUGCGGAUCUGAAUGCUGGUAGGGUGUCUCUUUCUCUAAAAAGGAGCGGUGGCUUUUUCCAUGGAUUCACACAUAUUAUUGAUCUUCAACGUGCAUUGCCAAAUGGUGCUUCCAAACAUAAGGGUCUAGCCGGCCCUGAACUCGGUUUACAAGGUCUCCAUGUGCUGGGUUCCAGCGGGACAUGCACGGCCCAUGCACCAAAUAUGGUAUACAUCACCACACACAACACUUUCUCAAUCAAAGACACAGCUGGAAAGUCAGCUACCACAUGGUACAUCGUAAUCCUCCGUUUCCACUCCGCAGAUUCUCUGCACUCUGGGUCUAUAUCAUUCGGAAGAUUUGAGAGUGAGGACUUGUCUUGGGAGAGAAGGUCAUCUUUUUCUCACAACAGGUACCUUGAAGAAGUUGAGAAAUGCUCUAAACCAGGUUCUGUAAUUCAGAAGAAAGCUUAUUUUGAAGCCCAUUUCAAGAAAAAAGGGAUUCUAUUACCGGGUUCAUUUGAUGGCUUAAGUGGGAGAGGAUGCCAGGACAGCGAAGAAGAUGAUGGGUAUGAAAAUUUGGGUCAAGGAGAAGAAGAUGAUGCUACGAAUGGAAGUUGCAAUUAUUCUCACUGUGAGGAUUCUGUGCUGGAAAAUGUGGACUGUGACGAAUUUGAUUGUGGAAAUCAAGGAGGCCAAUUUGAUUAUGUAGAGGAUGAGAGCCAUCAUGCUUGCUUUGAUGAGAGCGCUGAGGGUUCUGAAUGUCAGGGACCAUUUGAGGUCAUUGGAUGUGGAGGAGAGGAUCCUGUUGUUUUGUCUUCUGAAUCUCAAAUGGAAGCUACUUUGGAUGAUGCUACUGUUUUGGUCAAAGGUGUGGAUGAAGAUGUUAAACAGGAGGAAGCACAUCAAAUUGAAACUGGGCUGGAUGAGUCACAUCUCAAUAAUGACAAACCGGAGAUGGAAAUGAAAGAUAACCUUAAUGAUUAUGCUGCUAAUAUAGAUAAAUCAUCUACGACAAUUUCUCUCUCCUCAAAAAGUGGAACAGCUAAGGAUCUUGACAACACUAGUGCAGUGCAUCGACAAAAUUUCUAUCCAAAGUUGAGAGCUUCUGUGGAAAGUAAAUCUAUGAACCCCAGAGAGAGGUCUCCCAUUAAUGGCAGUCAAUUCCAGAAAAUCCUUAACAAUGUGUCAAGAACUGCUGCAAAAAAUCAGCAUAGAAGAGAAAGAGAAACACAACAGAGAACGAAAUCAGAAAAGCAGUCACCACGAGCUGCCACUCCUACUAGACGUGUGUUGCACAAAGCUAAAAGUGAAGAGAAUUCUGAAAGUGGCAAUUCAAGGUUAUAUCCUGUGAAUAGAAGUGAAAAGGAAUCAAGAGUAAAGAAAUUUGAAUCUCCACCCUCUAGAUCAAACAAAGUUGAACCUAUUGCUCAUCUCAGUGCAAACAGAACUAAGCAGAUUGUUAGUUCAACAAAGCCAGACACGAAGCCAAUUGCCUUAGCCUUCAGUUUCAAAAGUCACGAAAGAGCAGAAAGGAGAAAAGAGUUCUAUAUGAAGUUGGAAGAAAAAUUGCAUGCUAAGGAGGCAGAAAUGAAUCAGAUUCAAGUAAAAACACAAGAAAAGACGCAAGCUGAAAUUAAACAAUUGAGGAAAAGCCUUAAUUUCAAAGCUACACCCAUGCCUUCAUUCUAUCAUGUUGCAGUACCACCAGGCUCCAAUGGAAACAAGGCUUCAUUAUCUAAAACCAAACCAGCUAAAGUGCGACACAAGUCAACAAGUCCAGCGAGUGGAGCUGCUGCUAGGUCACAACUACUUUCCAGGGCCGGAAAUGACCAAGCCCUCUCUGCUAAUGAAUCUGUAAAAACAACUAAUCAGCCUGAGCCUUUAGGAAGACCUGAUCAUCCUACAACAAAGGUUUCUGAAGCUCAUGAAACUUCACUAAUUAACAAUAACAGGCACAAGCCAGAAGCUCUAACUAAAACUGGUGCCACUGGCAAGAACGAGAGAGGGAAGGUGAAGGAUGCUAAUUUGCAAAGGUAUGGAGUAUCAGAAAAUACCAAAAUAUCAAAAGACCUGAAGGUUGAGGGAAAAGCAAAAAUGGGAAACCACAGAAGUAGCAGUGAGAUGUUGAGGAAAAGUAUAAAACGCAUUGGAAUUGGAAGCAAUUCUGGAAUGGGUAAUCUAGCUGUUGGUUCGAAGGGAACGAAGGUCAAAUCAGGUCAGACAAUAGCUAUUCUUUAUCAGCAGCACCGAGAUGGCAAAUUGUCUCAAUCAACUGCUGGUAAUAGCAUGUUUCCUCAUGCAUGCAGUGCAAUCUACAACCUAGCUGGAUUAGAUCACCGGUCCCUAACAAAAAUUGCUAUAGCAAAGGACAAUACACCGAAUGGAGAAGUUAUUCCAGGAAAUAAUGUCAGAACCCUUGAACAUCAUCACCCAUAUGCUCAAUACAGGCCUCUUGAUGAUGCAUCCAUUCAAGUCUAUAACAUUGGGUAUUUGCAUAAUUUAAUCCUUGCAUUUGAUCUGGAUUAG